AUGCCUCCUCGGCAAUCGUUGAUCGGCAAUAUCAUCGUGCAAGCAGGACUUGGCACUCCAGCUCAGAAGCGGCAUCGGACAGACGAAAAGAAAGAGCAGGACUUGGCACCCCAGCUCAGUGGCGGCAUCGGACAGACGAAGAGAAAGAGGUACGUCUUCUCUGAGACGCUCGACUUCCUUAGGCCGCUCAUGGACCGAUCACAUACCGAAAAACAAGAAGAAUCAGAUGCACAAGAAAUAUAUCUAGAAGAACAUUUAUACAGCUCAGACGAAGACAAUUCUGUUUUAAAAAGAAAAGAAAUAAGAGUGCGAGAAAACGAAAUCUUAGAAGACAAACAUUCAUACGCCAUACCGACAAGAAGUGAUGUAGAAGAAGACAGUGAUUGGUUGUUUCUAAGAAGUUUAUUGUCUUAUGUGAAGGAAAUGAAUAGGGCACAGAAGUUGGAAUUCAGAAUGGGGGUUUUGAAGCUUUAUAAAGAUAUCGUGUUUCAAGAUAGAGAUGGCUAUGAUGAUGAUAGUAAGAACCCAUUGAAAUAAAUAUUGAUUUGAAACCAA